UUUUGGAUUGAGAGUUGGCUCACUUAGAGCAGAUAGCGGUAGCUAACAGGCUGGCCUGACAACCAGUGAUAGUACAAGACUCACCCAGAGGACACUUGGUAGUCCUGGCAGUCAUCUUUUUUUGAAGUAUACUGUUUUCAUUAGAUGUGUACCACCCCGCCCCGCCUCUAGUUCCUCCAGCUAGCUGGGAGCUGCAUCAAAGCAGAUGUGACUGCUAACUAGCUAGCUGAGUUAGCUAGCUGUGGAGCAUCAGCACCGGCUUUGAGGAGAGCGACCACACCACCAUCCAUCUGCCCGACCAGCCUGUUAACUUGCUCAUUAGCGAUUUAUGUUGUGAGGCGCCCAGUGUGAAGCGAGCCCCCAGACGUAUCACAAGGAGACAUGUAUCAACUUCCAGUGAAUAACCUAACAAGAAUCAGGAGGGCAAGGAAACAGGUGAAAAAAGCACUUGGAGACAUUGGACUGGAGUUCUGCAAGGAGGCUGCAGAGGAGUUCAAAGAGUUUUGCCCGAAUGAGCAAUUUGUGAAGGGCAGUCUUUGCCUCGAUAUCUGCGCAUGGGAUCCAUCAUACUCUAAAACACAGGAGUACAGAUCAAAGCCAUUUUGCUGCACAGAGUGCCCCUUUUCUUCCAAGUACUACUCAGGCUACAAGAAUCACUUCCGCAAUGUGCACAGGAAAAUCUUUGAGAGUAAAAUUCUGCUCAACUGUCCAUACUGCGCAUUCAUUGCAAGCAAGAGAACUUUGGAGACACAUGUUAAAAUAUUCCACAUACCCAGUGCAGCACGGCAGAAUUAUGGGAACGCACAGGCAGCAGCAUUGGGAAAGAACAAGGACAAAGCGUAUCUUGGCAGACCGGGUGAUGGAGUGGAGAAAGCAAUGUACUUUUGCAAAAAAUGCACCUUCCGGGACACACUCUACAAUGUUGUGAGAAGACAUAUUUACAGGGAACAUUUUCAGCAUAUUGUGUCACCAUAUCUUGGUAUGGUUUCUGAAUCAUCUGUCAAAAAUGGUGCUAAUUCUGUCAAUGGCAACAACAUCCUCUGUAAACGCUGCCAGUUUUCCACUCGUAGCUAUGAGGCUCUAGUGCAGCAUGUUAUAGAGUACCACGAGCGCAUUGGUGCUCAAGUAACCACCAUGAUUGGACACGCUAAUAUAGUUGUCUCCAGGCCUCAGUCCCUGCCAGUACCUGCCCAGAAGGCCCCUCUAAUGAUGAGCAGGGGACACACACUUAGACCCGACCAAAUAGCGCAACCAGUAAUUGGCUACUUAAAGCCAGUGCCCCCCACUGUUAAAAGUCAGGCCUCCAUCACAGCCAGUCAGGUGCACGUCACAGGUCCUGUCAACACUGUGGCUGAAAAUAAUGCUGCUGGUGUAAAUACAGCACAGACACAGAAGUGGAAGAUAUGUACAGUUUGCAAUGAGCUCUUUCCUGAAAACCUCUACAAUGCUCAUUUCGAGAACGCACACAAGGCAAAGAAAGUGUGGGCUCUAGCCAAGUACAUCAUGAAAAUCCACAAUUUCACCAGCAAGUGUUUGCUUUGCAACCGCUAUCUACCCAGUGAUACGCUGCUAAACCACAUGCUGAUCCAUGGGCUCACCUGUCCACAGUGCCACGCUACUUUCCACAAUGUUGAGAAAAUGAUAGAGCAUGUGGCUCAGACUCAUCCUGAUGACUUUGUUGGACCACCAGGCGCAUCACCUCUGACCUUUGAUCUCACCGUCAAACAAGAUAAGUCCACUAAUGUGCAGCUUGUCGUGCUCACCUUUAACAUGAAGGAGUCUGUCAACGGUCAAGAUCAGUCUGCAGCCACUCAGAAUAGCAUUCCAUCUCUGGUCAAAGUCACCGCUCCCAGAAUGAUUGAAAAGAAAGGUGAACCACUUGGUAGAGGUCUCCCCGCUCAAGCUCACAAGCCCGAGGUCGGGAAGACUCUAUGUCCGCUGUGUUUCACCAUCCUCAAAGGCCCCAUCUCUGAUGCUUUAUCCAUGCAUCUGAGGGAGCGACACCAAGUGCUCCAAACAAUGCAUCCUGUUGAAAAAAAGAUGACAUACAAGUGCAUUCAUUGCUUGGGAGUGUAUACCAGUAACAUGGUGGCCUCCACAAUCACUCUGCAUCUUGUGCAAUGCAGGGCUGUUGGUAGAAACCAGGCAGGCCAAGGUUUCAAGUCUCCCCUGACUCUCAACUCAUCCGGAGCGGGCUUCCUCAAGAGGCAGCCACCAACACAGGCCACGUCCAACCCCAAGAAGCUAAAACUGAGCAAGGAAUCAAAGAUUUCCUCAGCAAGCAUUGGAUAUCCGUCUGAUGGCCUUGCUCUGGAUCCCAGAAGCUAUGAGCACAAGACUUAUGAAGCCAGGAAAAAUUUCCUGACGGCCUACUUCAAUCGGCGGCCAUACCUUUCUCCUCAGGAAGAGGACAAGCUGUCAGCAAGCCUGUGGCUGUGGAAAUCUGACAUCGCUAGUCACUUUGCAAACAAGCGGAGGAUGUGUGAGAGAGCAUGUGAGACCAAGAAGCUGUCUGUGCUGCUCGGCUUUGACAUGCACGCUCUGAAGAAGGUUAAGCAUGACUUGAUCUUUGAGGAGAGCAAGUCUAUUGGCACCUCAGUGGGGAGAUCUGUAGGCUUCAAGUCUGGUACUCCAACCACAGACCUAAACAAGCAGGUUGAGACACUAAACUGUACCUUGAAACUCAGCACAUGCACAGAGACUAUUUCCAUUGACUCAGACAGUGAACCAGAAACAGAGGAAAAACCUACUGAGAACGGAAAUAUUGACUCAAAGCAAGAUGAGAAUGUAGAGUCUAAGGAGGAGGUAAACCUGACGGAAGAGCCAGUAAACCUGACGGAAGAGCUGGUAAACCUUACAGAUGAGCUGGUAAACCUUACGGAUGAGCCGGUAAACCUUACAGAAGAACCUGUAAACCUUACAGAAGAGACAGAACCUCUGAACACAGAUGAACCAAAACCUUUGAACACUGACAAGCCCUCCAAAGAGGAGAGCUCUUUGCAAGAUGGGGAAGCAAAUGCUUGCAUGACUCUCUGUUAGUGUUCAUACUUAGCAGUGUGCCUUGGUUGAGAAGCGGUGUGUAAAUUAAGACAAAGGAAAAACACGUCUACAGAUGGUUACAAAUCACAAAUAUUUGGUCAAAUGGCAUGGGUGACUAAAACUAUUCAAUUCCAGAUAUUUACCCUGUUACCAGUGUCUGAAAGAAGGAAAAAAAUGUUACAUCAUAGUGCAUAAAUAAAUGGCAUAUGUAAGUGACAUUGUAUAUAUAUAGCCUUUGUUCUUUGUUAGUUUCUUCAUACACUAUGUGUUAUUCACCUUUAACUGUCACAGGAUUUAUGAAAUUAUUACAGCAACUUCCCCACUUCCAUAGUUUUUUUUCCCCCCUCGACUGUGACAAAGAACUGUAUCAUAUUGUCAUUUCACAUUUAGAAUGUGUAGGAUAUGCUAAUUGCUUAUGUACAUGUUUUAAUAAAUAUGUUUGUUAAA